AUGCGAUCCAGAGUAGCUGCUGUUCGCAGCAAAACAGUGAUUCCUGUUCCUAUUAUGCUUGGAAGUGUGAGUCAACGGCUCACCACAAAGACACCAUCCAUCCAAGCAUGUAGGUUCCUACGAGCACGAUGGGAGCGUGGCUACUACAAAGACUUGUACCACCGUAGGCUGCUUCUUGGCGCUGACCCUCUUAUUCACCGGUCUUCUUACCCUAACUGUGUGCGUUCUCACCAUUGUUUUGGAGGAGUUGCUCAGCAGUGGAGUCCUAUUGAAACAUCGGUCGACUCCAGCUCACAAGAAUACCAACAAAACUACUCUCAAAUGCAAGAUGUUGUGAAUGAUUUACGUGAGAAGGUGGCGAAAAUCACUGAAGGAGGCGGGAAGAAAGCUCGAGAUCUUCACAAAAGUCGAGGGAAGAUGCUGGCUCGGGAGAGGAUCAAUGCCCUGAUAGAUCCAGGAACUUCAUUCUUGGAACUCAGUCAGUUGGCCGGCUAUCAGUCUUACGGAAAUGAAGAGGUUCCUGCGGGAGGAAUAAUCACCGGAAUUGGGACAGUAGCUGGGCGUCUCUGUAUCAUUGUGGCUAACGAUGCAACCGUGAAAGGAGGCACCUACUAUCCUAUAACUGUGAAGAAACACUUGCGAGCACAGGAGAUUGCUAGAGAAAACAGGUUACCAUGUAUCUAUCUUGUCGAUUCUGGUGGUGCAAAUUUACCUCGUCAAGCGGAUAUAUUUGCAGACCGAGAACACUUCGGACGGAUUUUCUACAACCAGGCUACUCUUAGUGCACAAGGUAUUCCUCAACUGGCUGUUGUCAUGGGAAGUUGUACAGCAGGAGGAGCAUACGUUCCUGCAAUGUCAGAUCAAGCAAUUAUUGUUAAAGGGAAUGGUACUGUUUUUCUUGGUGGUCCUCCUCUUGUAAAGGCUGCUACUGGAGAGGAGAUCUCAGCUGAGGAACUCGGCGGUGCUGAUCUGCACUGUUCUGAAUCAGGUGUGACUGAUUAUUACGCCCAUAGCGAUGCGCAUGCACUACAUUUGGCCAGAAAUGCUGUCGCCGGCAUGGGGCAUCCAGAGGGAGCCGUAAAAUUUCCUGAACAUUUCGAAGAACCUUUGUACCCAGCGGAAGAAUUGUUUGGUAUUGUUGGAGCGAAUCUAAAGAAAACUUUUGAAAUCCGAGAAGUAAUUGCUCGAAUAGUUGAUGGGUCACGUUUCGACGAAUUCAAGGAACGAUAUGGUGAAACACUAGUCACCGGAUUUGCAAAUAUCUACGGUCAGCCAGUUGGAAUUCUAGCCAACAAUGGAGUAUUGUUCUCUGAAUCCGCUAUGAAAGGUGCUCAUUUCAUUGAGUUGUGCUGUCAACGAAAAAUCCCGCUGUUGUUCCUUCAAAAUAUCACAGGUUUCAUGGUCGGUCGCGAUGCUGAAGCCGGCGGAAUUGCUAAACAUGGCGCAAAGUUAGUAACUGCUGUUGCGUGCGCUGCAGUACCGAAAAUAACUGUUCUUAUUGGUGGAUCAUACGGGGCCGGGAACUAUGGCAUGUGCGGAAGAGGAUAUGGUCCACGUUUCCUUUUUAUGUGGCCUAACGCUCGUAUUUCUGUUAUGGGAGGGGAACAGGCGGCGAAUGUAUUGUGCACAGUUCAACAGGACAAACGGAAGAGGGAGGGUUUAGAAUGGACCAAGGAAGAAGACGAAGCCCUGCGAAGGCCAGUAGAAGAAAAAUUUGAGAAAGAAGGCCAUCCAUACUUUGCUUCCGCUCGCCUUUGGGAUGAUGGUGUCAUUGAUCCUCGUGACACACGAAAAGUACUUGGACUUGCUUUUCAGGCAACGCUCCAACGACCUAUUCCUGAGACGAAGAACUAUGCAUCAGAGGUGUAUGCCUUUGGACAUCGUAUCGGCGCUCCGGAAGUACAACCAGAAGUACUUGUUCAGGCUCUUACCACGGAAUCGUUCUGCACACGUGCCGAUGUUGAAGAGGGUGCUAGUGGCUCUGCGCCUAGUCAGUCAUCAGUGGUCGGCACUGAAAACAAUCUCGAAUUAGUUGAAAAAGGUCGGAAAGUUCUGUCCGGAAUGCUGCUGUCAUAUCUUCGUUCCCAUCUUCCAUUGGCUCCAGAGGAGUUUGUACAAGCCGUUGCUGACCAGUUGAUGUCGGAUGAGCAGCUGUCCAACAUUGCUAAACACCUGGGAGUUGAGGUUCUGAUUCGCACUGCCGAACAUCCUCCAUCAGUAGCCUCAGUCGCCAAUGCGUUUCGAGCACUGCUAGCCGUGAUCGGAAAACAACGAGCGAAAGUUCUUGUUAUCGACGUCAUUGUACCUCAACUUAUUGAUGUCGACUUCGCUGACGUUUUUCCUCUUCGUCAACCUCUAGCAGUUCUAACUGAUUUGUUAAUGAGGGAGGGUGCUAAAGAGGUAGAACCAAGAAUUCUCCGCUCAGCUGGCACGGUAAGCGCUACACCAGUUUAUGUUGUGGGUAUCUACAAAGAUAAAUCAGAACUUGUUGGACAAAGCGCUGGUGAAACACUGGAAAUCGCUGUUGAUAUGGCUGCUCGUGAAGGAUUACUCCGUUUGUGGGGAAUUACAGCUGAUCGGGUCUUUUUCUUUGGUGGGAGAGCUGCUGAAACCGCUUUUGAUAAAUUUUCCGAAGAAAACUACUCUUUGAAGGACAGGUGUAAGCCGAGCACCGACUUAUCUUUGGAACCUGUCGUCGAAACUGAACCUCUCAAUAUUGUUGAAACUGCAAUGCGUUAUCGUGAUAAAGUAGAGGCCGUCGUCGGGAAAAGUUACACUAAGAGAUUACGACAUAAGUUCUCCCGAGGAUCACUUGCCAAGCGCUCGUUCAGAUAUCUUGUGAAACCGAAGGUGUACACAAUCGCAUAA